GUCUCCAACCCUCUCGCCACGGGAACCCCCGCCAUUUUUGGCCGCUUCUGCUCCUCCUCCUCGCCUAUAGCUGUUAGCUGUUGCCUCUGCUCUCCGGCAGUCCGGCCCGUGACGACGUCCUCUCUGUGUGUGCUGGGGAGAUUGAGAUGGGUGCUGCGGCGGUGGCCGAGGAGGCGGUGGUGAGGGCGCCGCCGACGGCGAAGAGGAGGUCGACGACGCUGCUGCAUCUGUUCCAGCGGGACAAGGUUGAUGUCGCGGCGCUGCUCCCCCCCGGGACGGCCAAGCUCCCGCCGCCGUCGCCGGAGCCCGAGGCGGAUAGCCUGAUCAGCAAGAUCGAGUCUUGCGGCCGGGUCUUCACGUUCGGUGAUGAUGCCGCCGGGGAGUGUGGGGAGGAGAGGGAGGCGAAGAGGGAGGCGCUGGCGGAGGUGCUCGCGGCGGUGAGGGCGAGCGGGAAGCAGCCGCUGGGGCUGGACCACCGGGUGAUGGUGGCGCUGGUGAAGAUGGUGGCGGCUAACCUGUUCCGGGCGAUGCCGCCGUCGGCCUACCCGUCGUCGCUGCCGCCGCUGCCCGACGUGCUGGACGACGAGGUGCCGGUGAUGGUGCUGCUCCCGUCGUGGCCGCACCUCAGCCUGGUGUACGACGUGCUCCUCGCCGCGGUCACCGCCGCCGACGCCAGGACGCUCCGGAACCACAUCGACCGGGGCUUCCUCGCCGGACUCGUCGCGCUCUUCGCCUCCGAGGACCCGCGCGAGCGCGACCGCCUCAAGACCGUCUACCACAUGCUCUACUCCAAGCUCACCGCCGAGCGCGCCUCCAUGCGCCGCUCCAUGGCCGCCACCCUGCUCCGGUUCGUCUACGAGGCGUCCCCGGCGGGCGAGCGCCACUGCGGCGUCGGCGAGCUGCUGGAGAUCUGCGGCAGCAUCAUCAACGGCUUCGCCGUGCCGCUCAAAGAGGAGCACCGCGCCUUCCUCGCCCGCGUGCUGCUGCCGCUGCACCGGACGCGGUGGGUGCACGCCUACCACCGCCAGCUCGCCUACUGCGUGCUCCAGUUCGUCCACAAGGAGCCCUCCCUCGCCGACGCCGUCGUCAGGGACAUCCUCCGCCACUGGCCGGCGACCAACUGCCAGAAGGAGGUGCUGCUCAUCGACGAGCUCGAGGAGAUCGUCGAGAUCCUCGACCAGCAGCAGUUCGACAAGCUCGCCGUGCCCGUCUGCUCCCGGAUCGCUCGCUGCGUCAGCAGCUGCAGCUCACAGGUGGCGGAGAGGGCGCUGUACGUGUGGAACAACGAGCGGUUCGUGGCGAUGGCGAGCGCGGCGGGGGCGGAGGCGAUGGAGCGGCGCAUCCUGCCGGCGUUCGUGGCGAGCAUGGAGAGCAACCUGGAGGUGCACUGGAGCAGGUGCGUGCAGCAGGUGACGGCCAGCGUCAGGGCGCUCCUGGACCGCGUGGCUCCGGGGGCGUACGACCGGUGCGCCGCGGCGCUCGCCGCGCGGCGGUCGGAGGCCGAGACGGAGGCCGCCGUGCGCCGCGCGCGGUGGCGGAGGCUGGAGCUCGCCGCCGCCGACGCCGAUGCCGGCGCCAAGAAGUAGUUUCGCAGCGGCGGCGGACGGGGCUUUCCGGCUUUUGUACAUGGAGCAGCGGUGAUCGACGGCGGCGGCGGCGUCGUCGUCUUGGUCGUGACCGUGUAACGUAACGUAACGCGUCGUGCCGUGCGCCCGUGCAUGCAUCGGCAUGACUAGAGUUUUUAUGAUUUAGCGAAGAGAAAGAGUUUGAGAUUAAAAGGAAAUUCCAAGGAGAAAUCGGCGAGUAUAUAGGAUGGUUCGUUUUCUAGAUUACGUAUCUUUUGAGUCUUACGACCUCGGUGAUGACUCAUAACUUAGGUCCUCAAACUUGAGGAUGUUUCAAGUGGCUGCAGUUUCUCUUAUCAUGUUUAGCUUUUUAAAUAGUCUGAAUUUCCACCCAAAUCAUAAGCAUCAAUAGCUAUAAAAUCCAGAUAAAUAAACUAUU